UUCUCACUCACUCUCCGCUUCUCAUUCCCAUUUUCUCUUCCUUUAAUUUGUAUAAGUAAUGGUAUCUGAUCAAAUUUAUGGCACUUUGACCUUCACCGUCUCUACUUUUUAGUUUAUUUCCUUCUCCAAUUACUCUGAUUUACUCUCGCUUUCAGUAGAAGGAAUGGCUGGAAAAGUCGCUGCUGCUUCACCUGCUUCUUUUGAGUAUGAAAUUUUUGAGAGUGACAAUCGCCUUCAAACUGUGGUUGCCACAUCAAAGCAGACAACUAUGUGGAUUGACCCUGCAACAUUGAAACUCAGACACAGAAUUGGGAGGGGCCCCUUUGGUGAAACAUGGUUGGCUACCCUUCAUCAAUCAACGGACGACUAUGAUGAAUAUCAUGAAGUGGCUGUCAAGAUGUUGCCUCCAGUCAAAGGCGAUCACAUGAGAGUUCUGUUGGAUAAGUUGGAUGAUUUAUUCUCUAAGUGUCAAGGAGUAGAAGGUGUUUGUUGCCUGCAGGGAAUUUCAGCUAUGAAUGGAAAAAUAUGUUUAGUUAUGAAAUUUUAUGAAGGAUCAGUUGGUGAUAAGAUGGCUCGCCUUAAAGGAGGGAAGCUCUCACUGUCUAAUGCUUUCAGGUACAUAAUCAAUUUGGCUCAGGGAAUUUUGGAACUGCACUCAAAAAAGAUCCUAAUUCUUAACCUUAAACCUUUCAACUUUCUUCUCAAUGAAUAUAACCAAGCAGUUGUAGGAGAUGUAGGAAUUCCAUAUAUAUUGCUUGGAAUUCCAUUGCCAAGCUCUGAUCUGGCUCGCAGGAUUGGAACACCAAACUAUAUGGCUCCAGAACAGUGGCAACCAGAAGUCAGAGGUCCAAUAUCCUUUGAGACCGAUUCAUGGGGGUUUGCAUGCAGCAUUGUGGAGAUGUUGACUGGUGUUCAGCCUUGGUGUGGAAAGUCUGUUGAUGAAAUUUAUGAUGCAGUUGUCAGAAAGCAAGAAAAACCAUGUAUUCCUAGUGGGCUUCCUCCUCCUAUUGUGAAUGUUCUUCUUGGUUGCUUUGAGUAUGACUUCAGGAGUCGCCCUCUAAUGACAGACAUAUUAAGGGUGUUCAAAAGCUUGCAGAAUGCAGUUCAUAGUGGAGGCUGGACAGAUCUUGAGAGCAUAAUACCGGCAGAAAAAUCAAGUAGUGGUUAUACAGAGUGGUUUCUUUCAAAGGAUGAUUUGCAAGUUGGUGACAUGGUGCGUUCCAGAAAGCCAGCUAACUCCUGCAAACCUGACAAUAUGGAUGUUCCAGAAGGAACUGUGGUGGGUCUAGAACACAGCACAGAAAGGGAUGGUUUUGUUUUGGUGAGGGUCCACGGGAUCCAUGACCCUUUGAGAGUUCAUGUUUCAUCUCUGGAGCGGGUCACAUUUGGAUUGGCAGCUGGGGAUUGGGUUCGCAUGAAGGAGGAAGAUAAGAGGCACUCACCGGUGGGAAUUCUUCAUUCUAUCCACCGUGAUGGAAAUGUGGCUGUUGGAUUUAUAGGGUUGGAGACUCUUCGGAAGGGAAAAUCUUCGGAGCUGCAGAUGGCGGAAUCUUACAGUAUUGGUAAAUUUGUGAGGCUGAAAGAUAAUGUUCUUAGCCCUCGAUUUGAAUGGCCUCGGAAAGCGGGAGGGGCAUGGGCUACUGGGAGGAUUUGCUGGGUCCUGCCAAAUGGAUGCCUCGUUGUCAAGUUUCCAGGAAGGCUGACUUUUGGAGAGGAUUGCAGCAGCUUUUUGGCUGACCCAGCUGAAGUAGAAGCGGUAACUUUCAGUACCUGUCCAGGGAUGGUAAAAAAAUAUCAACAUCUUGAGGAUCAUCACUGGGUUGUGAGACCACUUCUGAUUGCGUUGGGUCUGUUUACUGCCAUGAAGAUGGGAAUUUUUGUUGGAAGAAAAGUGAGGGGAGGAUCAAAGAUGAAGAAGCAACCAACCAAUGUGAUACACACCCAACAUAUGGAUGGCCAGGCAACUGGUAACCCUGGUUGGCUUCCUCCAUCUGUGGCAAAUAUCCUUUUCAAAGAAGGUGUUAGUACUGCUCGAUAGAGAUUACAGGAUAGUUUAUAUGCCCAGAAAAGCUAGUUGAUGUGCUUGAAUUUGUACAUAUCGACUUUCAGCUAACUAUUUCUAUAAAUUUUGCAGUAGGAACUGGUACUACUGCAAAAUGAUUACUUUUAUAUCGGAGAAAACAGAUGGAUGGGUGUUCAGGUUAUUUUAUUGAAGGUAGAUAUUUGCUGUUUCAAAUUUCA